AUGGCGGACGACAAGCACCUCGAGGGAGCCGCGGUCUCGGGAGACUUCUCCAACAUGGAGAAAGCCCGUCGCGGAUCCCAAGCAACAGUAGACCUAAACGAUAACGUCGACGCAAAGUCUGUCCUCCACCUCUGGUUCCUCAAUAGGACGAUCAGGAACCCCCUUCUCGGCAUAACCCGCGCCGAGCUCCUCCGCGAUGUCGAAGCCUUUGCCCACGACAAGGGCCUGCAGGAGUACAUCCCCGUCUUGAAAAAGGGCGCGCUCGUCGCCCAGGACCCGACGGGCUACGAGGAGAUUGACGGCCCCGAGGCCCUCGACGCCACCGAGAUCCAGGUCCUCCGCGAUGAGGUCGAGCACAAGUGGCGCAUCCCCAAGAUCCUGUACCUCACCAUCAUCACCUGUUCCAUCGGCGCCGCCGUCCAGGGUUGGGAUCAGACGGGUAGCAAUGGCGCGAAUCUGUCUUUUCCUACGGUCGGCCUCGUCAACGCAGCACCUUACAUCGGCAGCGCUCUCAUCGGCUGCUGGCUCUCGGACCCGCUCAACAACUUCUUUGGCCGCCGCGGCGCAAUCUUUUUCGCCGCCAACUUUUGCCUCUGGCCCGUCAUCGGAAGCGCCUUCUCCCAGACCUGGCCGCAGCUGCUCGGCUGCCGUGUCCUCCUCGGCAUCGGCAUGGGAGCGAAAGCCAGCACGGUACCCAUCUUUGCCGCCGAGAACUCGCCUGCGCCGAUUCGCGGCGCGCUUGUCAUGACAUGGCAACUCUGGACAGCCUUCGGCAUCGCAGCCGGAACGGCAGCCAACCUCGCCGUCGCCAAAACCGGCGCCAUCGCCUGGCGCCUCCAGCUCGGGUCCGCCUUCAUCCCGGCUCUGCCGCUCGUGCUGCUCAUCUACAUCUGCCCAGAGUCCCCGCGCUGGUACAUCAAGAAGAACCGGUUCCCGGACGCCAUGAAGUCGCUGCUGCGGCUACGCAACCACCCGAUCCAGGCCGCGCGCGACAUCUACUACAUCCACACCCAGCUCCAGGUCGAGGCCGAGAUUGUCGGGCGGUCCAACUACGCGAAGCGCUUUGUCGAGUUGUUUACCAUCCCGCGUAUCAGACGCGCCACGCUGGCUUCCUUCACCGUCAUGAUUGCCCAACAAAUGUGUGGGAUCAACAUCAUUGCAUUCUACUCCAGCACAAUCUUCAAGGAGGCAGGCACGUCCGAGUACAAUGCCCUCCUAGCCUCCUUCGGCUUCGGCAUGGUCAACUUCAUCUUCGCCUGGCCCGCCAUCUGGACCAUCGACACCUUUGGACGCCGCUCCCUCCUGCUCUUCACCUUCCCCCAGAUGGCGUGGACGCUGCUCGCCGCGGGUCUCUGCACGCUCAUCCCGGGCACCGGAGGCGCUCACCUGGGCCUCGUGGCGUUGUUUGUCUACCUCUUUGCCGCAUUUUACUCACCCGGCGAAGGUCCCGUCCCCUUCACCUACUCCGCUGAAGUCUUCCCACUCUCCCACCGCGAGGUAGGAAUGUCCUGGGCCGUAGCAACCUGCCUCUUCUGGGCUGCCGUCCUCUCCAUCAGCUUCCCCAUCAUGCUCUCCGACCUCGGCGUCGUCGGCUCCUUCAGCUUCUACGCGGGUCUCAACAUCGUCGCCCUCGUCAUGAUCUUCUUCUGGCUCCCGGAAACCAAACAGCGCACCCUCGAGGAGCUCGACUACGUCUUCGCCGUCCCCACCCGCGUCUUCAUGCGCUACCAGCUCACGAAAGCCCUGCCCUACUGGUUCAAGCGGUGGGUUCUCUUCCAGAGGGAUGCUACGCUGGAGCCGCUGUACAAGUUUGAUCUCACGCACGAGGAUCACCACGGUAGCGAGACGUACGAGAAGACGCAGGUCGAGCAGCGGGAUCAGAAGAGGAGCGGUUCGGCUACCGGCGUAGACGUCACCGCCUCGUAA